AUAAUGUCGUCGUCUCGCCCAAAAUCUCCUCGUUCCCCAAAAACUCCCGAUAAGGACGAGAGUAUUUGGGAUAAAAUUGGUACUCUUGGCAGGAAAAAGAGGAUCAAGGAAGUCCAAGAAGUUCAGGAGGAAGGGAAGAAUGCCAUUGACUCCCCAGGGAAUCCCAAUGCUCCCAUAAUCCCCGCUGAGGAUUACAAUUUGGGUGACAAUGAGCAACGUGCGAUGAUUCAGCCUCAAUCGCUCAAUGAUCCCGCCGUGAAGAAGUUGCUGGAAGUUCUCGUCAACUGGAUUAAUGAUGAGCUUGCUGACCAGAGGAUUAUUGUGAAGAACAUCGAGGAGGACUUGUACGAUGGGCAAGUGUUGCAGAAAUUGUGGGAGAAGCUGACCCAUCGCAAGUUGGAUGUGCAGGAAGUGACGCAAUCCGAGGAGGGGCAGAGGCAGAAGCUAAAGAUUGUCCUUCAAGCUGUCAAUCAUACGCUGGGUUUCCACCACAAGACCCCCAAAUGGACCGUUGAGAGUGUCCAUUCGAAGAAUCUCGUGGCCAUUCUGCAUCUCCUCGUUGCCCUGGUGCGUCAUUUCCGGGCUCCUGUUCGUCUUCCGGACAAUGUCUACGUGACUGUCGUUAUUGUCCAGAAGAAUGGGACUCAACUCAGCGCACAAAAGUAUCAGGAACAGUUGACGGCACAAUAUGAUGAUGUUGGUAUGAGAUGCGAACCGGAUGCAUUUGAUACUCUUUUCGAUCAUGUACCCGAUAAGUUGGCUGUUGUGAAGAGGUCUUUGGUGACUUUUGUGAACAAACACCUGAAUAAGCUGAACUUUGAGGUGGCUGAUUUGAGUACAGACUUCAGGGAUGGUGUCUACUUGUGCCUCUUGAUGGGUGUUCUCGGUGGUUUCUUUGUGCCAUUGUAUGAUUUUCAUUUGACACCAAAGGAUACCGAUCAGAUGGUCCACAAUGUGGCAUUUGCCUUUGAACUCAUGCAGGAUGUGGGUUUGCCAAAGCCCAAAGCUCGUCCUGAGGAUAUUGUAAAUAUGGACCUAAAAUCCACCCUCAGAGUGCUCUACAAUCUCUUCACGCAGUACCGUAACAUCUCCUAAAGGCAACUCUUCCGCCCUGUGCAGGAGGCAAAAAAAAUCUAACAACCCCCCUCCCCCAGUCACUAAAUAAAAACUUCCUGAGAGCUCCCUAUUACCUGGGAGAUCCUGUCUUUUUUUUUAAUCUGCCUAAACGAUGAAUGUAAGAAAAAAAUGUAAUUUUUUUGUGCUUUUACAUCUAAUAUAUUAACGUGGUAGUAUAACAAA